UUUGGGUCUUUUCUAACUGCUGAGCGGCAGUUUUUCCCUCGGACCCCGUCGGGCUGUCAUGUCCUUGAGACCUUUUCCUUCGGUUUGAUUGAAAUUGGACAAAUGGCUGAGAGGUGAUGGAUGGGGCAGGGAAACGGGACUGGCAGGCAGACGGAGAGGAGGAUAGACAGAGUGAGCGGAUAUGCCUUGUUUCCUUAGGAAAUUAGGAAAUUUCCUUAGGAAGUCACACUGUCCUGUCAUUUAUUGAUUUUGCUUCUUUGUAUAUGUCUUUGCUAGUUAUGGAGACAAAAGGAUACCACAGCUACCCAGAAGGCUUAGAUAUGGAGAGACGGUGGGGACAAGUUUCUCAGUCUGUGGAGUAUUCUUCUAUAGGUGCUGGAGAGCAGACUGGUGACAGUAACUACAUGGAGAUUGUAAACGUAAGCUGCGCUGCCGGUGCUUUUGCGAACAGCAACGCUCAAGGAAACAACAAAGAAAAACCUGAGCUACUCUCCUGCCUGCAGCAAGACAGCAGUCAGCCUGGUCUUUUGCCCUCCGACAUCAAAACUGAAACGGAGUCGAAGGAGCUGUCAGCAACGGUGGCUGAAUCCAUGGGGUUAUAUAUGGAUUCGAUCCGAGACGCCGAUUACCCCUACGAUCAGCAGAACCAGGGGAGCCCGGGAAAGAUCUACCAGAACGUGGAACAGCUUGUGAAGCUCUACAAGGAGAACGGCCAUAGCUCUUCUCCCCUCCACAGUGCCAGCAGGCCCUUGAGGUCUUUGAUGUCGGACUCCGGGAGUGCCGUGAACGGUGGUGCCAUGCAUGCUAUUGUCAAAAGCCCCAUCAUGUGUCAAGAGAAAAGCCCUUCGGGCUGCAGCCCUCAGAACAUGGCUUCCUCGGUGUGCAGCCCUGCAGGGGUUAACUCCGUGUCCUCGACUACUGCUAACUUUGGGAACUUUGCCGUGCACAGCCCCAUCGGUCAGGGAACCCCUCUGUCAUGCUCGCCGAACGUUGAAAACCGGGGGUCUAUGCUGCACAGUCCCGCGCACGUUAGCAACGUCGGGUCUCCGCUUUCUAGCCCUAUAAGUAGCAUGAAAUCGCCGAUUUCUAGUCCUCCCAGUCAUUGCAGUGUGAAAUCUCCCGUCUCGAGUCCCAGUAAUAUCACGAUGCGAUCUUCUGUGUCCAGUCCUGCGAACCUGAACUCGAGGAGCUCCAUUGCCAGCCCUUCCAAUGCCAACAACAGGUCCACUCGCUCCAGUCCGGCAGUUAGCACUGUGGGAUCGUCCAUCUGUAGCCCCGUCAACAGCUCCCUAGGAUUCCCGGCUUCCGGCACGCCGGUGGGACCUAGCAGAAGCCAAGACACCGUUCCCAGUCCAGACACGAAAGACAAGGGUGCUCAAGAACUCCCGUUUCCUAAGAUGGAGGAAAUGGAGAAUGCCAUCUCCAACAACAGUCAGAUGAACCUUGUUCAGUUCAUAAAACCCGAGCCAGACGGUUCGUUCGGCAGCGCGUGCAUUGGCGACAGCAGCAAAAUAAACUCCGACUCCCCUUUUUCAGUACCGGUGAAGCAAGAGUCAGCCAAGCAUCCUUGUUCUGGUGCCACUUUUAAAGGGAAUCAAACAGUAAAUCCUUUCCCAUUUACAGAUGGCUCGUAUUUUUCUUUUAUGGAUGACAAAGACUAUUACUCUCUUUCCGGGAUUUUAGGACCACCUGUUUCUUCGUUUGACGGAAGUUGUGAAGGUAGCGGUUUUCCAAAUCCAGGCCUACGUGUGGGAAUUAAGCAGGAGCCUGACGAUGGCAGCUAUUACCAAGAAAACAGUAUACCAUCCUCUGCCAUUGUGGGUGUAAAUUCAGGUGGACAGUCAUUUCACUACAGGAUCGGUGCCCAAGGCACGAUAUCUUUGUCGCGGCCGGUUGCUCGGGAGCAGGCGUUUCAGCACUUGAGCUCGUUCCCUCCCGUCAGCACGCUAGUGGAGACCUGGAAGUCGCAUUCGGAGUUGGCAUCCAGAAGAGGUGAUGGGUAUCCAGUUCUAGAGUACAUUCCAGAAAACGUGUCCAGGUGA